UUGUUUUCAUCAUUAGUGCAACUGAGCUUUCUAAUCUCCAAUCUUAAAUUUCCACUAUUAUUCUAAUUCUCUUCAUACCUUUUUAUGAGUGUAAGCUAAGCAAAAGCAACACUCAGGAGCUAGCUAACUAAACUCUCUUCAAAAUUAGGGUUUAUUUUUCUUAGUUUUGAAUUUUGAUGGAAAAUUCGGGUGCCCAGCUUCAACCACUUGAAGAAUCAUCCGCGGAUUCAACUCUCCAGUCGCAGACAUGUAAUGAAGAGAGAAAAUGUGAAGGAACCUUACUUGUUCAACAGUCAAGACGGCCUAAUCUCUCUUCGUUGCAAAUUCCUGUGAGAUCUCUUGAAAACUCUUUGUCCGCUUUUACGAGGACUGACAUCUCUUCUGUGCCAAGUCCUGCUUCCACUAGAGUGGGACUGCCCCCUAGGCCAAAUUCAGCUAAGGUCAGGUCAUCCAUGAAAAAUCUGUUUCCUCAAAGAAGCAUUAAAGUGAAAAAUCCAUCCCAGGAUGCUGAGAGGACCGUCCUCAUUAUACCGGAUACACCCCAAUCAGAUGGUUCUCAAGAAAGGCCUACUACUUCAAGAUCGUUCUCUCUUAAUAAGGUUUUCUUCUCUUCAUCAACCAAAAUGACAAGUUCUUUACCAGUUACACCAAUGGCAAAUUCAGGCCCUGAAUCAGUACAGGAUAGACAUCUGGAGAGUCAAUCUGAGUUUUCUACAAUCGAAGUCAAGCAUCAUAUGACCCGCUCAUUAUCAGUGCCAGUAAAUGUUAAGACUAGAAGUUUAAGGCGAAUGGAUUCUGGAGGCAUGAUCCGUGUGAUUUCAGCAACUCCGCGUCCUGCAACAGUUGAUGGUGCCUCGCCAAAUGAUGCCCGCGCAACAGAAAGCGCUAGUGAAGAUGCCGGUGAAGAUAUUCCCGAAGAAGAAGCAGUUUGCAGGAUUUGUUUGGUUGAGCUUGGGGAAGGUGGUGACACCCUAAAAAUGGAGUGCAGCUGCAAAGGAGAGCUGGCUCUUGCUCACCAAGAGUGUGCAGUGAAAUGGUUUAGCAUUAAAGGCAACAAGACCUGCGAUGUCUGCAAGCAAGAUGUCAAAAACCUGCCCGUGACAUUGUUAAAAAUACAUAACGCUCAAACUCUAAGACGGCCUCCUGCAACACCACAUCAGAGAGAAACUAAUCGCUAUAGGAUUUGGCAGGAUAUUCCAGUACUUGUCAUGGUCAGCAUGCUUGCGUAUUUCUGCUUUUUGGAGCAACUUCUGGUGUCUGAUCUGGGUCCUCGAGCACUUGCUAUUUCUUUACCGUUCUCUUGUGUUUUGGGUAUCCUUUCGUCCAUGAUUGCUUCCACAAUGGUGAGUAGGAGUUACAUAUGGGCUUAUGCUUCUUUCCAGUUUGCCAUCGUCAUUCUGUUUGCUCACAUUUUUUACACCAUUCUUAACGUAAACCCAAUUCUUUCGGUCCUCCUUUCCUCAUUCACCGGCUUUGGGAUUGCAAUCAGCACAAAUACUCUUCUGGUCGAGUACCUUAGAUGGAGAACCAACAGGCAGCUUCAAUCUACUCGCCAACAAAUUGAAAUCGCACUGCAGCAACAGCAACAAAUUCAUCACCAGCAGCAGCAACAACAUCAAGAGCAAUAUCAACACCAUCACCUGCAACCAUUGUCAGAAAACCCGCAGCAGCAACAGCAACAAUUUGAAAAUCCAAACCCAGGGCCUACUCAUAGUUCCAGGCAGCAAGUUAUUCUGACGACAUAGUCGAUAAAGAUAUAAAUAACGAGUUGGGUUUAAUUGAAAGGUUCUUAACGGAGUAAAACGGCUUACAGGUUUCCCAUGGUUUUCAACAUUUUUGGAAUUUUCGUUAGAAGUUUGGCCAGAAGGUUUUAAUACCACUUGAGGUUUGAAUAUUGUUGUGAUUUUUUUAACGUUGGGAAAAGACCCACUUCACAAGCUCUCGAGUUCAUCAGGUUUGAGCCUAUUGAGGUUUUUGUUACAACUAUCAUUGUGUUUUUUUAGGGCUGGGGAGUGUGAGGUUUGUGGUUUUGUGUUGUCUGAUUGUAAAUGUACAUUAUGUAUCUUCAAACACAUUGUAAAAUAUAGUAGUCACAAAUUCUUUGUUCCAGAAUCCCUAAAAAAAGUUAGGGUGAU